UCCGGGGGCGGUUGCCGAGUGAUGGUGGGGCCUUGACGCGGAGCGGAGAGAAGGGCCUGGGCCGGGCCCUGGGAGCUGCUCCGGGGGAGUGAAAUUCUUUGACGCUGUGCCUGUAAGUUAGCCACAUUAGAUCAAUAUGACAUUCAAGCUGGUGUUGCUAAGACAUGGUGAAGGUGCAUGGAACAAAGAAAAUCGAUUUUGCAGUUGGGUUGACCAAAGGUUGACUCCCAAUGGUAUAAAAGAAGCCCAAACAUGUGGAAAGGUACUAAAAGAAGCCGGACUUGAAUUUGAUCUUGUGUUUACCUCUAUUUUGAGCCGAUCCAUUGAAACUUCAUGGCUAGUUCUGCAGGAGAUGGGGCAAGAAUGGGUGCAAACUGAGAGCUCUUGGCGACUUAAUGAGCGCCACUAUGGAGCAUUAAUUGGUCUUAACCGAGCAGAGUUGGCUUCAAUUCAUGGAGAAGAGAAAGUUAAGCUUUGGAGAAGAAGUUAUGAUAUCACUCCACCUCCUAUUGAUGAAUCACAUUCAUACUUCUAUGAAAUUUACAAUGAUCGAAGAUACAAUUAUUGUGAUGUUGCAAAAGACAAGCUACCCAAAGCUGAGAGUUUGAAGGAGGUUCUUGAUAGACUACUGCCAUAUUGGUAUGAUGUAAUUGUGCCGGAAAUAAAGAAAGGGAAAUGCAUUCUAAUAUCAGCACAUGGAAACAGUGCCAGGGCUCUUCUUAAACAUCUGGAAGCAACGCGGAGCAUGUGGAAUCAGGGAUCGUGUUGCAUAUUGGAUGGCAAGUGGCCACAAGUUAUCUUCAAUCCAUGUCCCCUGAUUACUGUGACCCUCUUCAAGCCAAAUCGUUUUUAA